UGCGACAAGGCUGAAGCAACAUUGCCUUGCUAUACACAUUCAUCUUCGCUGAAACAACACGUCUCUUUAACAUAGUACCGCCUUCCUUUCAACUCAAGUCAUACCUUCACCAGUGAUGUCUGGCAGUACGCCCGCCAGCUGCGCAGAUUACCAUGUCGCUUGGAUAUGCCCCGUCGCCGACCUCGAGCUUUUGCCUGCAAGGCUGAUGCUUGACGAAGAGCACCCAACACCGCCUUACGAUACCCACUAUGAUGAAAAUACUUACUUAUGCGGUACUAUUAGUGGACACGCAGUCGUUGUUGCGACUUGCCCACAGGGAGGGACAGGUAAUGUCAACGCUGGGCGCUUAACGGGGCCUAUGUUCAAGACAUUCCCUAAUAUUCGCAUGGCGGUGCUCGUGGGUGUUGGCGGUGGUAUCCCCCGCGAAGAAGUCCCUGACGAACCUCUGGAUGAUAUUCACCUUGGAGAUGUGGUUGUGGGAUGGCCUGGUGACGACGGACCAGCGUGUGUAUACCACGAGAGAGGUAAAGCUAAAGUUGACGGAGAAUUUCAUAUGGUGGGCACAAUACAAAACCCAGAUUGGAGACUUACCCAAGCACUCAGCAUCCUUGCUAGCGAUCACGAAAUGGGAAAAACUACUUUCGAGGUCCAACUUCGGAGGUUGCAGCGCACGAAGCGAGCGAAGAAAUUUGCCCAUCCGGGCCUCGAGAAUGAUAAACUCUUCAGGGCUGAACAUCACCAUGUUGGCAGCUACGGAUCUGGAUGCAAAGAUUGCGAUGCAAGCAAACUGGUUGAACGCCCCCAACGAACCGAGGAGAACCUGGAAACGCUAGUCUUUCACCAAGGGAGGAUUGCUACUGGUAACGCAGUUAUCCAGGACGCCGAGCUACGUGACAAGAUUAGAGCGCGAUGCAAUGGAGCGCUUUGUGUGGAAAUGGAAGCGGCAGGUGUUGAUGCGAGCAGACGAUGCCUUGUUGUCCGUGGCAUCUCUAAUUACGCAGAUUCGCACAAAAAUGACUUGUGGAGAGCGCAUGCAGCUGGUAAUGCGGCUGCGCCACAGACCUUUGUUGGUCGCGGGAAACAGCUUGCCCUACUCAAUGCCCACAUACUCUCGGAAGGUUGCUGUCGAUAUGCUGUAUACGGCCUUGGUGGUUGCGGGAAGACAGCUCUCGCUCUUGAGAUAGCUUAUCGAACGCGGGAGCAGCAGCCUCAGCGUGCUGUGUUCUGGGUGCCUGCGAUCAGCCAAGCAGACUUUGAACAGGCAUACCGAGAGAUAGGACUGCUCCUUCGCAUACCUGACAUCACGGAUGCUAAGGCCGAUGUCAAGACACUUGUAAAGGCAAGGCUGAGCGACGAAAGUUUUGGGCAGUGGCUGGUGAUUGUUGACAAUGCAGAUGACGACAGUAUACUCUUUAGCCCACUUAAAGGAGGGAAAGACGGGGAUCGGCUGAUCGACUAUCUUCCAUACAGCCAAAAAGGCUCUCUCAUUUUUACCACCCGAGUUGUAAAGGCCGCACACAACUUAGCUGCAAACAACGUCAUAGAGCUAGGCAUGUUCGACAGGGAAGAUGCUAAGGAGGUCUUGAGAACACGCCUGUUCGAAAAGUACCAACACCUGGUCGAGGAUGAGGUAAUCGCUGAUGAAUUUCUCGAUAUGCUCACUUGCCUCGCCCUCGCAAUCGUCCAGGCGGCAGCAUUCAUCAACCAGAACGACAUCCAGCUCUCCGAAUAUAUACAGCUGUAUCGAGCGAGUGAGCAACAGGCGACUCAGCUUCUCAGUGAAGAGUUCCAAGACCAAGGAAGGUACCAAGAAAUGAAAAAUCCGAUCGCAACAACUUGGUACAUUUCAUUCGACCAAAUCACGUCUCGCGAUGAACUAGCAGCCGAAUACCUGUCAUUCAUGGCAUGUACAGCAAAUAACGAUAUACCAGAGUCAAUGCUGCCGGUCGAAGAAUCACAGCUAAAACAAACGAAGGCCAUUGGAACCCUAAAAGCAUACGCUUUCAUUACUGAGCGAAGGUUUAUACGGGAUGAGCACGCAUUUCAGCAAGAGCAGACGCAAAUGCUGAAGAGAUCAUUCAAUAUUCAUCCACUAGUGCACUUGGCAAUGCGGGGCUGGUUGAAAUCACAGAAUCAGUGGCUCGUAUUGGAAGAGAUUGUGCCGAAUGGAGAUUACAGAACCAGAGAAAUGUGGACGCCAUACUUGCCUCAUGCCAAAUAUGUCAUGGGUGUACCUGAAAUCUUCGAGCAAGAUAUAGGAUUGGAGCUUCUUGAGCGGGUAGGAGGAUGUGAAUUGAUGCUGGGACGCUACAGGGCGGCGGAGGGAACAUACCGUCAGAUGCUGGUUAGAGCAGUCAGUUUAUUUGGUGAAGAGAAUCCAGGCACUGCAAAUAACAAGGACACUAUACAUACUUUGGGCAACCUAGGGUCAUUGUUCUCUGAUCUAGACAAGAAUGAAGAGGCGGAGCAGAUAUUCCAAGAAAUCCUAGCGAUAACGAACAAAGUCUUUGGAAAGGAGCACCCACACACUAUAGGCACUAUGAACAGCCUAGCAAAGUUACUGUGGGAAUUAGAUAGGUACGAAGAGGCGGAACAGAUUUGUCGAGAUUCACUAGCGCUAGCAAAGAAAACCUUUGGCAAGGAGCACCCAAUUACUCUGACUGGAAUGGGUAAUCUAGCACGAGUGCUACUGGAUACGUGCAAAUACGAGGAGAUAGAACAAAUGUUCCUAGAAACACUAGGGCUGGCGGUAAAGGCAUUGGGCAAAGAGCACCCCACAACGCAGAAUUGCUUGGAAAUAUAUAUCGAUACCCUAAAUAGUUGGGAUGUUGUCCGCGUCUGCUGCUUGAGGACGACUGUUGCCAGCGCUGUAUUGGCGCUUGGUCGGAAUAUUAUCCGCGUCCGCUGCUUGAGGGCGGCUGUUUCCGGCGCUGUACUGGCGCUUGGUUGGGAUGUUGUCGACAUCUGCCGCUUGAGGACGGCUGUUGCCAGCGCUGUAUUGACGUUUGAUCGGGAUGUUGGAAUCCACAGCUUCAGUCCUACUAGUCAAUGGCUGAGUGGGCAUGGCCACUGACAAAGCCAAGAGACCGGUGAAAGUAAAGAGGGUAGAUAGACGCAUGGUGAGAUAUACUUAAGUUUUGGUCGUAAAAAAAUAGU